AAACUAGAACAUCGCGAGUGAACAUCCGGGAUAUCUGGGAUGUAAUGUAUGAGAUCAAUAUGGCGGCGAGUACAUUCUCCUGAAUGUGUUUGACAAGAAAUAUUCAUCAUGAAGAUUGACAGGAGUAAAUUGAAAAAGAGCACUUCUGAAGUGCCCUUUGACUGUCAGGCUUUGAUAGAGAGACUGAAAACCAGCAAUGAUCUCCUGUCAGAGCUACAAGGAAUCAAAUCAUGGAACUAUGGCAAGUGUGAGCUGUACCACUGGGUGGAUGUCUUGGACAGGUUCGAUGGCAUCCUGGAAGAUGGUUGCUCGGCACCACCUGACCAGCCAUGGCGGCUGUCAUGUGACCAAUCCCAGAAUACCCGCCUUCGGGACUCUGUACACAGUGUGCUUACCUUCACAGCUCUGCUCAUUGAGCACAGCUUCUCUAGGCAUCUCUACAGCUCUGUUGAGCAUCUAACAACUCUUCUAGCUUCCAGUGACAUGAAUACUGUAUUAGCUGUCUUGAACUUGGUGUAUGUUUUCAGUAAAAGGUCCAACUUCUUGAUCAAGCUGGGUGCAGAGAAAAGGAAGGAGCUCUUCAGCAGGCUGACCUACCUAGCAGAGAGCUGGGGUGGCAAAGAAAAUGGCUUCGGCUUGGCAGAGUGCUGCAAGAAGACCUCCAAACAGGGAAUCCCUCCAAGUGCCACAACUCUCCAUUUUGAGUUUUACUCAGAAAACCCAGCAGAAGAAAAGGUUUCAUCUAAGAAGCAUUCAGUCCAGGCAGUUACAGUUCUUCACUUGGAACACGUAGACAAACUUGCUCAUGACCCAGUAGACAUCAUGGAAGAUCAGCUGUCACAGCACAAUGUUCCCAAAGACAAACUGAUGCUUCUAUUCACCCACAUACGACUAGCACAUUGUUUCUCUAACCAUCAGAAGCGAUUACAGUGUGUACAAGCUAGGCUACAAGCCCUCUCUGUCCUAGUCUAUUCAAGUGCAAUCCAAGAAAUCUCUAGCUCUUUGUUGUAUAGUGGCCUCAUAGAGGAAUUAGUUGAUGUUCUCCAGCUUGAAGAUGUGAAGUUAGUGGAUAUAAAAUCUGCUUCUCUUAGAACUCUUACUUCAGUCAUUCACCUAGAUAGAAAUCCAGAGCUUAUUAGCAUAAUAGACGCAACUGGUGCUGCCUCUUAUCAUGGGUUCUUACCUGUUAUGGUCCGGCAGUGUAUACAAGCCAUGAUUGAUCCCAACAUGGAGUCAUUCCCCCACAGCCUUGCCACUUCUCUCUUCUCAUUCUUAUAUCAUCUAGCCAGUUAUGAAACGGGUGGUGAGGCCUUAGUGUCUUGUGGUAUGAUGGAAUCUCUUCUCAAAGUCAUCAAAUGGCCAGGAGAAGAUGAGCAGCUGCAUACAACGUUUGUGACAAGGGCUGUACGUGUCGUUGAUCUGAUCACCAACCUUGACAUGGCAGCCUUCCAGACCCACGGCGGACUCUCCACAUUCAUCAACAGAUUAGAGCAUGAGAUUGGCAUAUGUCGGAGGGAUGUACCCUACGUCAUCAAACCAACGAUUCGUACGUCCCAGGAUGCCAUCCACUCCGCCCCGCCCUCCCCGUUCUCAGAAGACAGCACCACCAUGGAGACAGACAGUCCCUCAGAUGGACAGAGGGUCAAUGAGGGUGCUUCUACAAGCUCAGGCACGGGCAAGGAAGAGGGCGGCUCAAGGCCAAAGAAGGGUAGAUCAGCAACCCAGUGUUUCCCUCAGAGAGCAGCCCUGCUGAAAUCCAUGCUCAACUUCCUCAAGAAAGCUAUCCAAGAUCCUUCUUUCUCUGACAGCAUUAGGCAUGUUAUGGAUGGAUCAUUACCCAGCUCAUUGAAACACAUCAUUAGCAAUGCUGAAUACUACAGUGCAUCGCUGUUUCUCCUUGCUUGCGAGCUAGUUACUGUGUAUGUGUUUCAAGAACCAUCACUUCUAUCAUCACUACAAGAUACAGGGCUCACUGAUGUCAUGCUGCAUGCCCUUCUUAUCAAAGAUGUUCCUGCAACCAAAGAGGUGUUGGGUUCCCUACCUAACAUCUUCAGUGCCCUGUGCCUCAACUCCAGGGGUCUGGAUGCAUUCAAUCAGUGCAAGCCGUUUGAAAAGCUCUUCAAAGUCCUCCUGUCUCCAGUCUACCUGCCAGCUAUGAGAAGAAGAAGAACAAAUGAUGCAUUAGGAGACACUGCAUCGUCGCUAGGUAGUGCCAUGGAUGAGUUGAUGAGACACCAGCCCUCUCUCAAAGAUCAUGCGAUGAUGGCUAUCAUCAAGCUGAUGGAAGAUAUAUGCAGCAUGGGGCACAACCCUAACAUUGUGUGCAGUCGAUCGGCGGUGAAGGCUAAGACACCAGCAUCUAACCAGUCUCAAGCAACCAAUGGAGAUGACACAUCGAGUGAUGACGAAGACGAAGAAGACGAGGUUCCCACGUCUGUCAGGGAGCAGGAGUCUAAGAUGGUCACACCCGUCCAACCUCAAUCCACAGACCCUAAUGAAAAGACUCCUGUACCUCUCAUGGACUACAUUCUCAAUGUGAUGAAGUUUGUUGAAGCCAUCCUCUGUAAUAAUGCAACCGAUGAUCACUGCUGGGAGUUUGUGAGUCAUCGUGGUCUAGAACCCCUGCUCAAAUUCCUGCGACUGCCCAACCUACCCAUAGACUUUCCCACCAGUAGUGCCUGCCAGUCCGUUGCUAGUGUAUGCAAAGCCAUUCUGUCACUUGCAAGAGAGUCUGGUGUGUUGAAGGAAGGCCUUCUAAUGCUGAAAGAAGAGCUCACUGCCCUGAAGCCCCUCCAGCUCCCCCUGGAGCCCCCGGGCGGAUCCAUCCUUCUCAGGGAGCUAGUCAACUCGCCAAACUUCACCGGUGCUCCCCUAGGAGCUCCUACCACUCCACUUCUCAGGGCGAUGGUCUCCGCUCACUCCUAUGUCACCAUGCUGGUACAUGUAUGCAGAGUCGGACAGACUGAUGUGAGGACUAUCUCAGUCAACCAAUGGGGUUCAGAUCUCGGACAAGAGGUAUUACGUCACUUGAGUCAUCUGUACAUCUCAUUGGUUUGGGAGAGCAUAGUUCUCCUGGCACUGUUCACCCCAGGCACCCUCCCAGAGGGCUGUGAACUAGGCAAGCUAGAACGGGAGAAACUUCUCCCCAAGGACUUCACCAAGGACUCUUCAGAUGCUACCACUUCCGCAGCAUCCGCUUCAACCAGUAAAUCUGAUAGCAAUGCAAGGACUAGUGAAAUAGAUCCGGUCAUUGAAUCAGCAAGCACACUCAUGGACGUCAGUGAUGCCCUGUCAACCAUGGAGGUGGAUGAUUCUAAGGAAGGGGCCAAGGACCCCAAGGCGCGGCCCAAACCCAACGCUCAGAUGCUCCAGUUGGUCAAGCAGGCCAUGCCGGUGCUCUAUGCACCCUCUAGACUAGGGAAAGCACUCUCUGAGUUGUUUGGUUUGCUUGUGAAGCUCUGCGUCGGGUCAUCGGUCAGACAGAGAAGCAGGCAACACCUGCAUCCCAAUCCUAGCCCUCCAUCCGAAGCAGCCAGGAAUACAGCCAAGGUUCUCAUGGAACUGCUACUCAACAGUCUUUCAUGGACUCCUCCACCAGCUAGCCCACUGCCAAAAUUCAGGGUAACAUUCUACAUCUGUGCUGUUAGCUUUGCAUCUCCUAUGCUGUUUGAUGAGAAGAAGAAUCCUUAUCAUCUCAUGCUACAGAAGUUUGUCAGCACAGGAGCUCAUGCAGCCCUCUUUGAUGCAUUCCAUUGGGCAGUCACCAUGGGUGGUAAGAUGAGAGCCUCAGAGUGUAUGGAACAUCCAGACCUUCCAGAGGGAACAGGAGAGUUCAUCGAUGCAUGGCUGUCUCUCAUAGAGAAGUUGGUCAACCCAGAGUCUGUGUUGGACUCUCCGCAUGCCAUGCCUGCCAAGGGUACAGUUCCUGGCUACACACCCUUCAACCCUGUCCAGUUCCUCAUCAAUACGCACAAGUCUGCAUUCAACGUGAUCAUGAACCUGUGGGGUUGCCGAUCUCUGAAAUCUCUGGGCAACCAUACAGCUGAGAGCCUCCUGGCUAUCCUCUGCCACAUCGUACGCGGUGAAUCCGUCAUUGCUGAGCGGGUCAAGCAGGCCAAGAGUGAGGAGGCUGGGAGCAGCGCUGCAGAGGGGUCAUCAACCGGUGGGCCUAGCACAUCAUCAGGCUCGGCUGGUUUCAGUAGGGCAACGCGGGGGCUGUUUGAGUCUGGAUUCCUGACUGGGUUGAGCAGGACCAGUAGCAGACCACGAGCUGAACCCAAUGAGGACCAUGUUAGACAGCUGAUGGACAUGGGCUUCACAAGGGAGCAUACGUUAGAGGCUCUACAGCAGUCUACCACCCUUGAGAGAGCAGCUGAGUGGGCUCUUACACAUCCACCAAGACUUCCUCAGACUUUUGGAACAGGACUGAGUGAAGAGGAAGAAAUGAUGCAAGCCAUAGCCAUGUCUCUUGGAGAAGCAAUCCAGCCAUCAGUAGAUCAACAGGAGGAGGAAAAGAAGAAGAAAGAGGAGGAGGAACGUAAGAAGAAAGAAGAGGAAGAAAGGAAGCAGAAACUGAUGGAGGAACAAGACAAGAUUCCAGAGGAGGCUCCACUUGAUAAAGCUAUCCUUAAUGAGUUUGUGGAUUCUAUGCUACCAGGAUGUCUCAAGCUGCUUGAUGAUAUUCCAGAAACUGUUUACAGAGUGUGUGAUCUACUAGUGGUGGCCAAUAACAGGAAUGGCACUGAAUGGAGAGACAAAAUGCUUGAAAUGGUCAUCAGUCAGAUAUCUGAGAAUGCCCGGUUGUUGUGCAAUAGCUUUGCCAGUAUUUUAGUGGAUCCAGCUGGUGUGACGGAUCCGAAGGUCAUAGAAAACUUAUCAUCAUGUCUGGCCUCAAGAAUUCACCUUCUCUGCCUUCUCUUUGAGGAGAUCCGGAUGGCCUGUGCUCAGAGAGUGGAGGCCUCAAACAUCCUUGAUACACUCAUUACACUGCUCUACACUGCACAGAAAUGGAUGGCUCAGAUGAAGCUCACCAAAACACCAAAGUGGAUGGGUCCAGCAAUGCUUCUCAUUGAUCUCUAUGAGAAGACUGUUCUCACAUGCAAGAGGAAGGUGGCACAACAGGGUGCUUCCCAUACCUGGAAGUGGUUUGAUGACUCCACCGGCCGCUGGUGUACCUACAGCCGUAGUAACAACAAGACCAUAGACGAUGCUUACUGGGCAGGCAAGCCUAGUGUGAAGUUCACUGCUGCCAGGAGAAGAUAUGUUGUCCACUUCAACACCAUGAUACAGGUGAAUGAAGAGACGAUGAACAAGAGGCCCAUCAUGCAGGCCUUGCCCGCCCCAAAGACAGAGGAAGACAAAGGUGAUAAGAAGGAGGACGAUGGAGAGAGAGAAGCCAAGAAACUCAAGACCAGUGAGAGUCUGGAAUCUGCUGCAAAAGCAGAAGUUGCAGGCACCAGCCAAGAGAGUAAGGAUGAAACCAUUGCCAAAGAACCUGAAAUCGUUGAGAUUCAAGGACUAGGAGACAAAGAAAUUCCAACUCUGAUCAGGGCGUGCGUUGGUCUGAUCGGUGUGCCAGUGGAUCCAGACACCAUGCAUGCUGUCCUGAGGAUAUGCCUACGCUUCACCCGGGACCAUACCAGCGCCCUCCUGUUUGCUGAGCUCGGUGGACCACGUCUCCUGCUGUCUCUCACCCAAGCAUCCUCCUUCAAUAGCUUCCCAAUCCUAGCCAACCUACUUCUCAGGCAUGUCUUUGAAGAGAGGAUGGUGCUUCAGAAUACAAUGGACAAGUUAAUCUAUGCAGUAGCCAACAAGGGAGUUGGAUGCAACACAUGCAAUGUUGCCCUGGGCAGUGUGGGAUGCAGAGAAAUGAACUUUGUUCUCAGGAAGCUUGGACCUCUGGCGUGUCGGGACCAGGAACUGUUCAUGAACUCUGCUAGAGGUAGCCUCAAGAUCGCUCUUCCUCCUGCAAAGAGAGGAGAAGAGGAUGAAUCUCGCUACACAGGACCCAAUGCUCUACAGCUCUUGAAGGCCUUGGCCCCUAAGACCUUCACACCACCUACUCUGAAUGGACCUAUGCUGCAGGUUCUCUGCGAUCUCCUGGAUGCCUUGAUUGUACCUGUCCUACCUUCACAACAAGAAGACAAGGAAGCAAAGUCUAAACAACCACAACCAACAGCCACAGCCUCGGCCAGUGCUCCUGCAGCCACUGGAGUGGCUAGUGCCGAAGGGGCAGUUGCAGCUGCGGCUGCCGCUGCUGCAGUCUCUGACAUCCAAACAUCAGAAGACAUAGGAAUGGGACUAAGGGAAAUUGGAGACAGACUGCUUGGGAUCUACAGCGGAAGGAGAGGUCCUCCAAGAACAGCAGAGAGGCUCAACAGUGUCCCUGAUGGUGCUGUACAAGAAGAGCCUCAUGAUGCUUCAACAUCCGGUGCUGAGGCAGGGAGCCCCCCUGUAACCACGGACUCCAAGAAGACUCCUGCCUCAUCAGCAGGAACAACUGGACAGACCCCCUCUAAAGAUGAAACAUCCAAGAGCAAACUCCUGAUCCCCAAGUCGGCCAUCUUACGUCUGCUGGCCGAGCUGGUCAUGUCGUAUGCAGGCAUUGCGCAGGCCGUGGCCCAGUACCAGUACAUGGUUGGUCAGGCAAAGCAUGUUAAAGAGGAUGGAGCUGCACUGGCAUACAUCUUGGACCACCUCCUACCGCAAUGCCAGAAGGCAGGGGACAAGGAUUGUCCUGGCCUGGCUCAGGUUCUGCUCGCCAGUAUAGCUGCCAGUAACCACAGUCCUGAUGCUCAGAUGCUUCUUGUCACAGAGAUCAAGGGGGCUCUUGGGAGAGCCUUGGCUAUGCCAGAAAGCAGUGAGAAACAUUCUCGCAUUCAGGCACUUACAAUGUUGAUCAGUGUGAUGAUCGAGGCAUGUCCAUCCUCCAGCUCCGCCCAUCAGACAACGAUCGGAACCACAUCUUACAAGAACCAGCUCGGUGGUAUGAACAUCAUCACCAGGCUUCUACUCCGCAAGGGACUCGUCACAGACCUAGCCCGGGUCCCUCACUCCCUUGACCUAUCCAGCCCAAACAUGGCCUCCACAAUCAACUCGGCCCUCAAACCCCUGGAGACGCUGUCAAGGAUUGUCAACCAUCCACCGGUUGGACUGCGAGGGAUCGGUAGGAUCAAGAAUGGUGCACACAUCAUCGAUCCAAGGUCUGCCUCUACUGCUGAUGCUACUGGAGGUACAGGGCUGCGUUGUAGCAUGGAUGCAGCCAUCCAGCGCUCAGCACAGGCUGGUGGUGGUGGUGGUGUCGGUGGCCGUCGUGCCCAUACAGAUCGGGAGUCUGUUGCUAAUGUGUUGGGAGUACAGGAUGACACCCAAGAUUCUACAGACUUAGAUGAUCAGGCAGAUCUUGAGUGCAUUGUUGAUGAGCUGCUUGAAGGGACCGGUGGAAGCAGGGCUGAGGUUUUAGGAGAAACCCUCAUCGCCACAGGACCUGAGAGACUGGGAUCCCUCAGAUCAGCCUUUGUGGAUCAAGCAGGUGAAGCAUCCCAAGAUGAGAUGGUAAUCACCAUGACGGAUGAUGGAGAGGAGAUGGACCAAUCUCUAGGUGAUGCAGAGAUGAGAAGUCAGCAUAGUCACGAAGGAGUCAGAACAGACAUCGAUGCUGAUGAUGACAGUGUUCAGGAUGAAGAUUCUGCGGCUGAAAGUGAUUCUGAUGAAGGCAAUGAAGAUAGACAGGAUGAAGGUGAAGAAGAUGAGGAGGAUGAAGAGGAUGACGAGGAGGAAGAAGAGGAAGACGAAGAGGAUCACGAUGAUGGCUCAGAGAUGGAUGCAGAAGACUAUGACAUCACUGAAGAUCUGGACUACUUCAGGGUCGGUGAUCGGGAUGAGGAUAUGUGGGUUGGAGACCCCGAUGAGGACAUGCUGAUUCAGUUGGAUCCUGUAUUCUCAGGUGUUCCUGCAUCAAUAAGAACAUACCAGCUUCCUGUGGCUAUCCAUGAAGACACCAGGAAUGCCAAUGAUGUCUCAGCUCCUAACAUCCCGGUCCCACCAAGCGUAAUCUCAGCCAGCCAUCCCCUCCUGGUCAGACACAGUGACCACACAAACCUGACCCAUGGUGUGAGCCAGACCAAUCGUAAUCAGAGGGUCGCUAGACAGCGAGUCAAUCGUCAUGGUACAACACAGACUGUUCACAUCUACCACUCGGGAGCAACAAGGCCACCCAAUGUCCAGAAUGUCCUGAGCAGGCAUUACAAUUCCUCCCUACCCAGGCUGCUGGGCCUGUCAUCGUCGACGGACAUCGUCCAGCUGACGACCACCAGCACAGGUCAGGGAAACCAGACCAGGGUGUACGUUGCCAACUCUGGAGAGGACAUCAACCAGAACCGAGAGGAGGUGUCCGAUAUCUUUGAGGAGGGGUACAACAUGGGGUAUUUCAGCGGUUCCAACUUCCUCUCUGUGGUGCCUCCUGUGUACAGACGAUGGGAUGAAGAGAGCAAGGUGCUAGAUGGAAGAAGUGUUCAUGAUUGUGUGCAGGCCCUCAAACCUGAAAUCAUCAGUGUUCUGGAGAAGCAUCGUGACGAAGAGCUGACAGAACGAAAAGAAAAGAGAAAGAAACAGGCAGAGGAAGACGCCAAGAAGAAGGUAGAGGAUGAGGCUAAGAAGAAAGCCGAAGAAGAACUGAAGAAGGCUGCAGAGGAAGCUAGGAAAGCAACAGAAGCAAAGGCUGGGGUUGCAAAGUCAGAGGAGGAGAGCAAAGAGAAGGAAGAGAAUAUGGAGGUUGGUGAAAGCAGUGAUCAGCCCAAGGAAGCAGAAACAGCUACAAAUCUAUCAACAACAGCUCCUUCACAGCCACCCAGAUCAGGGAUAGAUAUGGGUCAACUUGUCGCAAGUGUUGCCGAGUCCGCCCUCGGCAGUGCCAUCUCUUCUGCCCUAUCAGCGGCAGCUCUUACCAACACCAUUACCACAUCCACUACAACUGCUGUCACCACUACCGCUGCUUCAGACAUGGCUGCCACUCCAACUGACACAGCCCUGUCAGUGGCUGCAUCCUCUCUUCUAAGUAGCAUGGAAUCAAGAUCUUCAGCACCACUUCAACCUGGACUGACACGUGUGCCACAGCUCGUAACAGUGACGGCAAACUCACCAACCCCAACUUCAACGGUAUCAGCCCAAGCCCCUCCUUGGCAGACCUCCAGGCCAACCACCUCCAUCUUUGCUUCACUCAUCGAAUCAGACAUGAUGGAAGUACCCUUACCAUCUGUGCCAAAUCCACAAGGUUCAUCAAGUCCAAUUGUUAGCAGUAGCAUCACAAUGUCUGCUACAUCAGCUAACAGACCCGAUCACACAGAGACACCUGGGAACAUAUCUGGGGUCAGUGGUCUACCAGAGGGUGUAGAUCCAUCGUUCCUUGCUGCUCUACCAGAGAACAUCAGGCAAGAAGUCCUCCAGGAACACCUGGGGAUACGCAAUGCCCCUCAUCAGGCUGCCACACAAGCAGCAUCUACCCCUCCAUCAGCUCCAGGUGAACCUGCAAUUUCACUUAGUCAGGUGAACCCGGAGUUCUUAGCCGCUCUGCCACCACAUAUACAAGAAGAGGUACUUGCACAAGAACGAGCUGAACAGCAACGUCACACCCUGGCUGCCCAGAGUAGCACAUCCGCUCCUGUUGUACCCGCUGAACCAGUGGACCCUGCAGCCUUCAUCCAGAACCUGCCCCCUGGACUCCGUCAGACAGUCCUUGCCGACAUGGAUGAUAGUGUGCUUGCAGUUCUUCCUGCUGACAUCGCUGCUGAAGCCCAGGCUCUCCGACUGGACCGCGUCCUGAGACAUCGUCAGCUCAUGCAGGAUCGACUGCUGAGGGAGACUGGUAUGCUGAGUGCUAUCCUCCGCUAUUCAGGUUUGCAAGGUCGAUUGGGGCAUGGAAUGAACUACUAUCGUUUGUCUGUACCCCGUCAAACAGGCCAGUCAUGGGGUUGGGGAGGUAGUGGUUCCAAUCGAGGCGGCAGUCACUCCAGACAGCAAGGAGUGUUUAGUUCCAUCACUCAGAACCAGGGCAGACAGCUGGUGGACCUUGAGGCUCUGACCUGCCUUCUGGUACUCCUAUUUGUCAAUGAACCCAAGCUUAAUCUGGUACGUCUGCUACGAGUGCUUCGUAACCUGAGCUUCCAUCAGCCUACAAGGCAGUGGAUCCUUCAGGCUUUACUCAGCAUCAUGGAGCGCACCAAGGCCUGUAAGACACAAGGUGAUGGCAAGGCAGCAAGUGCAGAAGCAGAUAUGAUGCCCCUGCAGAAGAUGGACUCUGGUUCAGGAAAGGCUUAUCAGCAGCCUUCCUGGCUCUCAAUCAGCAUGGACGCUGCCUUAGGAUGCCGUGCUAGUGUCUUCAAGGUGCAAAGGUCCAGCAAAAAGAGCUCUGACAAGCAAGGUUCUCUAGUUUGCAUACACCCGCAAGUAGCACCAAUGGUGUGCAGACAUGUCAUGGAUGCUCUCCUUGCUCUAGCGAAGGAGUUUCCAUACCAAUUUAUUCCCAUAGCGAGCAAGAAAGACUCUCUCAAAGACUUCUCAGGGAUUCCUGGUUUAUCAAAUAUGAGUAGUAGUGCCUCUAGCAACAAUGAACGUAAGUCAACGCUCACUUCCAGUCAAGAAAUGGGUGAGGAAGCAAAGACAAGUGCAAGUCAGGGUGAUUCCAAAGCUAGUAACAAAAUAGAAUUGGACUUCUGGGACCUUCUGGUACGACUGGACAACACCAGUCAGGGCAGGAAAGGCAAAGUGACAUCCCGGCCUUCAACGGUUCCUGCAGCAAAGGAAGGCCAGGACCCAGAUACUAGUAAUUCAGCUCUUUCCAAACUGAUGGCUAUGCUGUCACACCCUGUGGUGAAGCGUAGUACAGCUCUCACUGACAAGCUCCUACAUCUGCUGUCCAUGGUAACCAGCUCCUUACCAGAUGGAGACAAGGAUAAGAUCAGCAGUCUGCAGUCUGGUGUCAUACGGAGACCCAACUCAUACCUGUCAGAUGCGGUCAGAAGCUCAUCAAACCGAUCCUCGUCUAUCUUGGCUGUAGCAGCGCCCUCUUGUGGUGACCAGUCAAGCAGAGGACAAGCCGCCAGUGAGGACACCAGUAGUUCUGCCAUCACUCCUCCUGUAGGUAGUCCCAUGGAUACUGCCUCACAAGAGCUUCCAAGUACACAGAGUGUCAAUGAGGAAGAGUCAUCAAGCAGUAAGACAGAACCUCCAGUCCCUGAGAAAACACUGGUAGAUGAAAACCUCCUCCAGUUAGCAGUUGAGGUUUUGACAGCACAUACUUGUUCUGAAGAUGGUCUAGAGGAUGCUACCACAAUGUUGAUGCAGUUAUCUAGGGGUCACUCUACCACUAGGGAAGCUGUCCUGAGACUCUUACUCAGAGGAGCACAAGAACUUGGCCAGACGCUCUGCAGAGACAUUUUGAAGCUCCAUCGUGAGGUCCAAGAAUACCGAGCAAGACAGCUCCAGACAGACACGUCCCCUGAAGAUCCAGACGAUAGCAAUACCAACUCGGCCUCUGGAACCUCCUCGUCUGUCUCAGCCCUUCAGGGCUACAUCGCAGAUCGCUACAGCCCCAGCACGAGUAUUGUUAUCAAUGCCCCUACCACUGGCGCCAAGAGAACUGGCUUUGAGCUUCGGUUGCAGUCCAUGGGACUCUUUACGGGCAAGACUUCAAACCAGAACUUCCUGCUGAGGAUGCUCAAGGUCAUCAUCCAGCUGCGAGAGGUUGCCAAGAAGGCUAAGCGGGUGGCUGAUAUUCAGAGAUUGGGUGGUCCUAACAUUGCUGCUGCUGUAGCUGCCCUGGAAACCAAUGCUACAGAGCUGAUGCAGAUGAUGAGUAGACGUAGCACAGUCCCAGCCAGUAGUAGACAGACUGACAGACAGAACAGCCAGACAUCUCAAGGGGCAUCUGGUGCAGAGACCAGCUCAGCUGCUAGCACGCCGUCAGGCACAGCCAACACCACACCAGUCACAGAACAGCCCCCACCCGUCGCCUCAUCCACAGUCACUGACACUGGAGAGGUGGUGAAUCCUGGACGCACUCCCUCCGCACCUGCAGAAACACCCAUGGAGGUGGACUCUGUGGUUCAACUGCCAGAAGGGGUGGGAGCACGACAACUGGAGCGACAAGCAUCAUCCAGCACCACGUCCAGUCAGAAACAAGAGGAUGAUGAUGAUGGUCCUCAGCUGAGUGACCUCCUAGGCCUGGAGGAGCUGUGGGACACCCUGAGCACAUGUCUUACAGAGCUCUCCCUCACACCAGACACCCAUGCAGUGCUUGUCCUACAACCUGCUGUAGAGGCCUUUUUCCUCGUCCAUGCCUCUGACAAGGAUGCCGGCAAGGCAUCCGCCGCCGCUGCACCCGAAUCCUCUCAACCCUCUGCCUCCUCAUCCUCACAGGCCCUUCAUAGAGAAGGGCUCACCAGUAGUGCCUCCGACAUGGGUCCCAUCUCACCCAUGCCAAAUACUGCAGGGUUCUUCGCCAGGGAGAGCUCAGUCACGUCCAUUGUUACUCCUAACAUGCCGUGUGAUAUACAGAAGUUCUUAACAUUUGCAGAGAAACAUCGCAACGUGCUCAACCAGAUCCUUCGCCAAUCUACCAUCCAUCUCUCAGAGGGGCCUUUCUCCGUGCUCGUCAACCACGUACGCAUCCUCGACUUUGACGUCAAGAGACGUUACUUCCGUCAGGAGAUGGAGCGAGGUGACGAAGGCAUGCGGCGUGAAGACAUGGCUAUCCAUGUGAGAAGGGAGCAUGUGUUUGAGGACUCGUAUCGUGAACUGCAUCGUCGUACCCCGGAGCAGUGGAAGAACCGCUUCUAUGUGGUCUUUGAGGGAGAAGAAGGCCAGGAUGCUGGAGGUCUGCUCAGGGAGUGGUAUCUCAUUAUCUCAAAGGAGAUCUUCAACCAGAUGUAUGCCCUGUUCCGUACCUCACCUGGAGACAGAGUAACCUACAUCCCCAACCCAUCGUCCCACUGCAACUCCAACCAUCUCAGCUACUUCAAGUUUGUGGGCCGCAUCAUGGCUAAAGCCAUCUAUGACAACAAGCUUCUGGAGUGCUACUUCUCUCGCUCCUUCUACAAGCAUAUCCUUGGGAAGCCAGUCAAAUACACUGACAUGGAGAGUGAAGACUAUGCUUUCUACCAAGGACUUGUAUUUCUGUUGGAGCAUGAUGUCUCUGAACUUGGUUAUGAUCUCACCUUCAGUACUGAGAUUGAAGAGUUUGGAGUGACAGAAGCGAGAGACCUGAAACCAAACGGCAGCAAUCUGAUUGUGACCGAGGACAACAAACAGGAGUACGUACACCUUGUAUGUCAGAUGAAGAUGACGUCUGCCAUCCGCAAGCAGAUCGAUAGCUUCCUGGAAGGCUUCUAUGACAUCAUCCCUAAGAAGCUGAUUGGUAUCUUCAAUGAGCAGGAGCUUGAGCUGCUCAUUGCUGGGCUGCCUACCAUUGAUGUGGAUGACCUCAAAGCCAACACAGAGUACCACAAGUAUCAGAGCAACUCUCUGCAGAUCCAGUGGUUCUGGAGAGCGCUACGCUCCUUUGAUCAAGCCACAAGGGCCAAGUUUGUGCAGUUUGUGACUGGAACAUCCAAGGUGCCCCUCCAAGGGUUUGCAUCACUGGAAGGCAUGAACGGACCUCAGAAAUUCCAGAUCCAUCGUGAUGACAGGUCUACAGACAGACUGCCAACUGCUCAUACAUGCUUCAACCAGUUAGACUUGCCAGCCUAUGAGACGUAUGACAAGCUUCGUCGAAUGCUCCUCCUGGCUAUUGAAGAGUGCACUGAAGGAUUUGGGCUUGCCUAGAAUCCACAGAGAUGUUGGAUGCUGGAAGACAUUUAUCUAUGACUUUUCUUUCUGAUGAAAUUAUAUAUAUGUAACCAUUUUUUUUCCCUGUGUAAGGAGGAAAAGUUUAUGCCAGAGAUUACUGUGUUAUUAACAUUGAAUAUAUAUUUGAAGGAAGAUUUAAAUAAAGUUUUUGGGAGUUUUUUUGUUUUUGGUAGGGAUAUUAUAAGAGCCACUAGUAUGUCCAUAUAUAUCUUUCUUAACUUUGAAUUUUAUACCUUAUAUACUACAUACAAUUAUAUAGGCCGACGUGGCCAUAUAGUUUGGUUUAUUACAAAUGGAAGAAUUAACACCGUCAAUAUACUUGCUGUUUAAUAGUGGCAGCAUCAUUUGUACUUAAUCUGCAUCAUAACAUGUUGUCCUUGACUGAAUUAUUGCAAGAGAGCUCUACAAAUUGAAAGUGAUGAAAAUAUUGCAUUUGUUGCGUUCGGAUCAUAUUAGUUAGAAACCCGUUUCAUGGUUAUAGUUUGGUGUGUUUGAUAUGCUAUUAACCGAGGCUUUCCACUUGCAUAGCCAUUACAGCCUCUUGUGUUCGAUUUCAUUUUUCAAAUGUAAGUUUGAUGGCUUGCUUGUAUUAAAACAGAAAUAUGAGGAAAGAUCCAUAAUAUGUUGUAGAGGAUACCUGUUCAUUAUCAGUCGUGAGGUAUUAACUUUCAAAUAGUUUACAUGUGUUGCUGAUUGGUAGUGAGUCAGUGUUGAGAGCUAGCUAGCAUCAAGCAGGGUCUAGAGUCUAGGUAUCCUUAAAGGUGCUUCCGUUUAUCUCAUUAAACUUGUUUCAUGUGAGAUGAUGAUUAAUGCAAGGUAUCGACUAUGCAUUUAAAGUUACAAAAACUUGUUUAAAAUAUGGACUGGACUGGAAAUUAAGAGCUCUCAUUUCACUUGGCCAGUUACGUAGGUAAUGUAUGAGGAAAUGAAUCUUACCUGUUAGCUGCUGAUUUUUUUUUCCUAGUAUGACAGAGGUUGUCAAGCUCAAUUUUAGUUUACUAAGUCUUAAAAAUCCAUGACUUUGACCUGAAAUUUCUGAAAACUAUAAAAUGGGACAUGAUUACUUUAGAAUUUCUUGAGCAGAUCUGUUUUAACAAGGUUUUGUAGAGGAUGUUAAAAGGCUCAUUUUUCAGAAAGAAUCAAAACCAAAACCAAAACUGUCUUUAUACACUUGCAAAAAUCACUAAUUAAAAAAAAAACUAUUUGCAUGUCUGCAUACACUAUAAGGAUUCCCACUUCAGCUCAAGGCAGCAAAAGCAAAAACUGGGGAUUCCAUCAUCAAAAUUACUAUUCAACAUGUACAUACAUGUUAACAUACAUACCAGUCACAUAGACAUGUGCGUGACACAGUCCUGAUAGAUCAUGAUUGUUAUCACCAUGAAGGCCAAUUAAUUUUGUCGGAGGAAUUUUAUGCUCAAGUAAACAAUAAAAGAAAAAAGGCGACGUGUACAUGUAAUUUAUUUUUUUCUAUCUGAGAAAUUAUAAUGAGAUGUUGUCAUGACGAAGUAAGAGUAUUAAACAAGACAUAUUUUAGGCCAGUAUAACUGUGUGGUCUUUUUAAAGCACUUCUGUUCAAAUAAAGUUGCAAGCUGAGCUUUUGAAAUUGCCAGUAAUGUGGUUUGAUGACUUAUAUUGCAUGUUUUAUUUCUCUUUACGACUUUCUUUGACUAUGCCAUGUUAUAAGCAGCAUCUAAUAUCAAGAAUUAUCUAUGACCUGACAGGAAAUAUAUGUAGUUUAUGAAAUGAUAGGUUUUGACAAAGUUGAGGAGGUUUUUUUUCCUAUGAUGUUCAUAUUAUAAGUUCUGUAUACCAGUAUUUCUCCAUUGGUGUGGUGUUUAUCAGUCAUACUCAUUGUUGAGAACAAUUUAGAUAUGUCUUUGUAUAAUAGAUAAUUUGUCAACUAUGAAUUGUACAUUUCUACGAGGAAUAGACAAGAUAGUGGGUUAUUCUGAGAUGACUUGAAAUACUUGUAUUGUUCUUGAUAUCAUAUGAUUAAUGUUUUUGACGGUAUAAAAGCUGUGAAGGGCUUGAUUUCUUUUUGUUAUGUAUACAAAAAAGUUUAAAUUCUUGCUAUGAAAUGAGAUUAAAAACAAUAUAGUAUUUGAUUAACGAACUUAAACUAAGGAAUGAUAUAUGCAUUUGAAGCAAUAACUUUAUUGCAUCAUAUCAUUAUGUUCUCAACAUAUUUCCUGAUGCGAUUGUAUUAUGUGGGGGAACGGUUCAAUGUGUUGAAUGGAUUUAUUGUUCUUUGUUCAGGAAUUGUGGAAAAUAUGAGUGUGUGUAAAAAGACAAGGAUUGUUUUCACAGACUUGUAUUCAAGGGAAACUUGAAAGUAAUUGAUGAAGAUUGUUGGAAGAUGUUUUGGGGCCUCUAGCCAUCUGUGCAAAAGAAGUUGAUGGUCAUUGCCAAUUAAAAAGAUGAAUUAUUGAGAGAAAAAUUAA